AUGGAUAUGUUUAAAUUACCUACAUUUGGAAAAAAUGGCGGAGGGCGAGCACCAAUACCGGAUAUGUCUAAUGUAGACCAAAGACCUCAUCAUUUACUUGUUGCAAACUGUCCUAAUAACAAAUAUGCAUUAGCGAAUGUCGCUGCUGUAUCACCUGGAGACUUUCCAGAUAAUAUUUACAUUAUCAUUGACAAUUUAUUUGUUUUCACUACAAAACAUUCCAAUGAUGUGGCACCGGGUACCAUUGGUUUGAACGGUAACCAACGUACAUGGGGUGGUUGGUCAUUAAACCAAGAAACACAAGUCCGUGCAUUUGAUUUAUUUAAGUACUCUGGGAAACAUUCUUACUUGGGUUCUUUAGACAUUGAAAUAUCCUUUAGAAGCAGAGGUAAAGCUGUUAGUACCCCCUUUGACCAAGAUGAAUUAGCCCAUGUUUUCAUACAAAAUUUUGAAUCCCAAAUCCUUUCCCCAACUCAAUAUUUAAUUAUGGAUUUCAAAGGACAUUAUUUUGAUCUUACUAUAAGAAAUAUUCAGGCUAUUGAUUUAGCUGAUGUUGAGAUGAGUGGCCAAGUUUUAACUAGCAUUGAAGCAAAGGGUAUCUUGACUAAACAAACCCAAAUCAAUUUCUUUAAAGGUAGAGAUGGUUUAGUCAAUUUGAAAUCAAGUAACUCUUUAAGACCAAGAUCAGAUGCCGUCAUUAGAGCUGAUUUUAAAUUUGAAGAUUUAGGUGUUGGUGGUUUAGACAGAGAAUUUACUAAAAUCUUUAGAAGGGCCUUUGCUAGCAGAAUUUUUCCUCCAUCUGUAAUUGAAAAAUUGGGUAUUACACAUGUUAAAGGUUUACUUUUAUAUGGUCCACCUGGUACUGGUAAAACCUUAAUUGCAAGAAAAAUUGGGAAAAUGUUAAAUGCUCGAGAACCUAAAAUUGUUAAUGGCCCUGAAAUCUUAAGUAAGUAUGUGGGCUCAUCAGAAGAAAAUAUUCGUAAUUUAUUCAAAGAUGCAGAAGCAGAAUACAAGGCUAAAGGUGAGGAAUCAUCUUUACAUAUAAUUAUUUUUGAUGAAUUAGAUUCUGUUUUCAAACAAAGAGGUUCCAGAGGCGAUGGUACUGGGGUAGGAGACAAUGUUGUCAACCAGUUAUUGGCAAAAAUGGAUGGGGUAGAUCAAUUAAAUAAUAUUUUAGUUAUCGGUAUGACUAAUCGUAAAGAUUUGAUCGAUAGUGCUUUAUUACGUCCUGGUAGAUUCGAAGUUCAGGUGGAAAUUCAUUUACCUGAUGAAGCUGGUAGGCUACAAAUUUUUGAAAUUCAAACCAAAAAAAUGAGAGAAAAUAACAUGAUGGAUUCCGAUGUUAGUCUUGCAGAAUUGGCAGCCUUAACAAAGAAUUUCUCCGGUGCUGAAAUUGAAGGUUUAGUUAAAAGUGCAAGUUCAUUUGCUAUUAAUAAAAAUAUCAAUAUCGGUAAAGGUGCCACCAAAUUGAAUCCUAAAGAUAUUGCAAAAUUAAAAGUUAAAAGAGAAGAUUUUAUGAACGCACUUAAAGAAGUCAUACCAGCAUUUGGCAUUAGUGAAGAAGAUUUAAAGACUUGUGUAGAAGGGGGUAUGAUUACAUAUUCUGAUAGAGUAAAUUCCAUAUUAAGAAAUGGUGCUCGUUACGUACGUCAAGUACGCCAAAGUGAAAAAUCCAGAUUAGUAUCAUUAUUAAUUCAUGGUCCACCAGGUUCUGGUAAGACUGCUCUUGCGGCAGCAAUUGCAUUAAAAUCUGAAUUUCCAUUUAUUAGAUUAAUUUCACCUACAGAAAUCUCUGGUAUGUCAGAAAGUGCCAAGAUCGCAUAUAUUGAUAACACUUUUAGAGAUGCUUACAAGUCGCCAUUGAACAUUUUAGUGAUUGAUUCUAUUGAAACACUAGUAGAUUGGGUUCCGAUUGGACCUAGAUUUUCCAAUAAUAUUUUACAAGUAUUAAAAGUUGCUUUGAAACAUAAGCCACCUGAAGGUCGUCGUUUAUUGAUUAUGACUACCACAUCUACGUAUUCUGUCUUGCAACAAAUGGAUAUAUUGAGCUGUUUUGAUAAUGAAAUUGCAGUACCAAAUAUGACAACAUUGGAGGAAUUUGAUAACGUCAUGAUUGAGACUAGCUUCUUAGACGAUACAAAACGUGCUAGAGUAUUAGAAGCACUGAGUCAAGUAAACCCACGUUUGAAUAUUGGUAUUAAGAAGGCUUUAACUAACAUUGAAACUGCAAGACAUGAUUCUGAUCCUGUCAAUGAGAUAGUAGAAUUGAUGAGUCAAGCAAUUUAA